CUCCAGGAGGAGGUGGAUAGGAUGGUCUCGCACCGAGUUCAAUGGAAGACUAUCCGUGUCAGGUGUACUUUGGCGUUACUUGUGCCGGGGCGUCUGCCGUCUGCACUGGCCAUGAAGGGCUAGCGAGGACGCCGAGGACGGGAAUGAUACACUGGAAGGAAGAUGCGAGGAGCGGGUGACGCACUGAUUGCCUUUUGUGGCUGGGUCUGAGUGCCUGAGGUUGUGAGGGGGAGAAUGGGAUCAUGCGAUGAUUGGCGUUACCACCACACAGGGCACAUAUAUAUUCACACUUCCCUUCACCCGACUGGCCCCUCGUCUUUCCCAGACCACCCCUUCACUACCUCUAAUCUACUACUGUUAACGAUCAGCAAAUAUGGUGCUCUCUGGACAGUGCCUCUGUGGCGAGACGACCAUCACCCUGGGACAGGACUUCGACUCGCAGAUCGUCUGCCAUUGCUGGGACUGCAAGCAGACGUCCGGUUCUGCGUUCUCCACCAAUGUGCUCUGCCCCCAGAAGGAUGUUACUAUCACCGGCCCCGUCAAGGAGUACAACAUCAAGGCGCCUUCUGGCAACACCGUGACUCGCAUCUUCUGCUCGAACUGCGGCAGCGCCAUCUCCCACAAGUCCGUCGCCUUCGGCGAGUCUCAGGCCAUCCAGACUGGCAACUUCCGUGAUUUUGCCAAGGUUCCCUUCGGGACUGAGCUGUUCGUCAAGGACCGCUGGACCGGCAUUCCCGAAGUGCCCGGCGCGGCCCAGGUUCAGGCUAUGCCUUGAACACUGUACGAUACAUCACAUAACGCUCCAUGCCAGGGCGUAAAGGGUUGACGGGACUGGUGAACGAGGGUUGAAGGGAUAUGCGUAGGCUGUACUGAAUUAAGAAUCUGGUUGAAGGGUCAUUUGCAAAAUCCAAUGAUGUUGUCCG